GUAUAAGGUGAAAGAGGAUGAUCUUCAACGAGUUACCAAGCCCUAUAGACCGGAACAUUGGGAGGAGAACAUGUACGAAAACGAAUCUGAUGAUGAGCACGAACAUGAGGAAGAUGAUCUGAUUCAAAAGGUUUACGAAGAUUGGAUACGUGAUCUUGAGAGCCAGGGCACAACAGAUUCAAACCGGGACUUUCUGGCAAGCACAUUUGAUGGUCUUAGUUUUACGGCUAUACGUCACAAUGGAAGCGACAACGCAGGAUACAACGUGCAGUUACCCAUUCCUGAGAAUUCGUUAGAUGAAGACGAAUUUGUUACCAUAAGUGCUGACUUUCACACGACUGGCACUACAAAGAGAAGCAAAGUGAAACCGCCUACACCUCGAUAUCACAAGAUCAUUGAAGUUCUACUUAACAAACGGGAGUGCAUCCAAAGGGCAAAUGUAUUUAAGUACAAUCCGCAGGUUGAAGUGUCGCAGGCGAAUGGAAGCGUGUAG